AUGCAUCGAUUUUCAAUUCUUCUGCUCUUCGGAAUUCUUUCAAUUUUUGGAGUCAAAAGUGAGUACUGUAUUUUAUCUUUUUUUUUGUUGAUUUGAUUAUACUAAAUCUGAAAAAUAUGGCUUCUUUAGCUAUUUUGAAGGGUUUCAAUAUAUAAUGUAUACGAAAAAUGUGACGUUUUUCAGAAGUUUCGGCAGUUGUUUGUUAUCAAUGCAGCGGUUGGAAUGGUGAGAGUCCGUUGAGGUAAACUUGGAAAAUAGAAAAAAAAAGAUAGGGGAAAGAAAUUUGAAUUUUGAAGUAUUUAUUUUCUGAAGUGGAGUCUUGAAUACAUAUCCUGGAUUUUGUUCUUCUCAAAAGAAGUCAUGGUUCAAAAAUCGCAAUCAAACAUUUAAAUCAACAUUCGAAAAAAAAGUAUUUCAAAACGUUUUACAACGUGAAUUUCAGCCAUUUGAAAUCUCCAAAAAAACGAACCAAGAGUCAAAUAUUUUUUUGUAAGAAUUUUUUGUUCCAACUAAAAUAGCUCAAUUUCAUAUACGUAUAGUUUGUUAGUAUGUCUAAUAACUAUUUUCAAAGGCUAUUUUCUUUUUAUUUUUAGUAGCCCAUAAUUAGUCACAUUUCUCGUUUCCACCUGUUUCGAGAUAUCUUUUUCUCUUUUUGGUCGCAUAUUUUACCCAGGAAAUUGUGUUCAUUUCCGAAUGUGAAAUAUCUCGAUAAACCUAGUAAUUAAAAAGAGAGAAAAUGGAUUAUAUCAGAAAAUUUUGGGAGUUUUUAGAAAAAGAGCAGCUGAAUGAAACUCGAUGAAAAAGUGCAAUUUUCAAAAGUUCAAAGAGACCGCGUUUUAUUUCAGAAAUGAAAUGGAAUUCAAAACUAAAGCAAGAAAAUGUUUCAAAAUAUUUCCAGGCGGCGGUUUGCGCAAUAAAAAUUGAAUAUCAUUUUCUAUUUUUUUUUUUGAAAAUAUCAUCAAAGGUUUUAGAUAAAAGUACAAAAACAUAAACAAUAAGAUGCAAAUUAUUUUCCGAAAAACAGUUCAAAAAAUAUAUAUUUAAAUAAUUAUUAUUUUAUAAUUGUGACAAAUUUUUCACUGUUCUGUGCCAUUUGAUUUGACCAAUGUGACUUACAAUUAGACGGCUCUUCUACAAUCAUGUCCACAAAUAAAAACAAAUUUUAAAUAACCAACUUUCUAACGAUUCAUUUUCUAACAAAACUAUAUAAAUAAAUCACUCCAUGCAAUUAUUUUCAGAUAUUCCACAGAAAACACGUGCGAUCACCGAAACAAUCAAUGUCAAGCAACAAAAUGGUGUGUAAAAAUCACAGAUGCAAUGAAUCCAAGUGUCAGUUAUUCAACAUUCAAAUCCGAUUGUUCUGAAGCAACACAACUCCAAGUCACUCCAACAAAUCUAACAAAUAUUGUUGCUGGACAAUGUUAUUCAUAUCAAGAUGGUUCAACUCCAGUCAAAAAAUACACUUAUUGCUAUUGCAAUGAUCGUGAUUACUGUAAUUCUGCAAAUCUUCCGACAACUAUACUAUCAACUAUUACAGUAGUUUUAUUCUCUUUUUAUGUUCUAUAAUCUCCUUUUUCUCCUUUUUUACUCUUUAACAGUAUACAUUUAUAUAUACCUUUUUUACAAACAAAGUUACUCAUCAUUCACUGAUAAUUGUCUUUUCCUAUGAUAACCCAUUUCAUUUCAUUUUGAUUAUAAUAAAAAAUGAGAAAUACAACUGUUCUUCUAUUCCUUGUUUUAUUUGUUUUACAUUUGAAUGAUGUCGAUUCACAAAAAUUAAAGCAGAGAAGUUGGAAAUUUUGGAAAUCUUCAGGUAGCAAAAAACCAGAAGUUCCGAAAGUCAAGGUGAAAGUAUGUAUUUAUGAUUGAGUAACAACAUAUAUUUUCAGAGACCUUUUCAAAUCUCCGUUCCGGAAUUGACUUUCAACUUGCAUUUUCCAAAAGCACAUCGUGAAGCAGAAUAUGUUCAGAAACCAAAAACCGAAUACAUUUAUUCAAAUUCUGCAGGAAUUUCUUUCGGAGCAUUGUUGUUGAUUGUUCCAUUUUUGUAA